AUGGGCGUACCCAACCCGGCCGAUACUAUGGAUCGUGUCGAAUGUUGCGCAGUAUAUAUCGACGAUCGCGUGCAAGAGGAACGAUGGGUGGACCGGGAUUCGUUUGACCCGACAGCUUCCCGCAGCGAUACCAUUCGUGACGAUGAACCUGAAUCGUUGCGGUCGGACGUGGCGCUUUUGUUGGAAGUGUGUAAACAAAUAUACCUCUGUCAUGUCGGGACAUCUCUCGCUGCCAAACUCGCUGAGCUCUCCGAUAGUGCCAGCAGUAAAUGCACGCCCAUUUUCGCUUUUUUCGACAUUGAACUUGGUCGCAGCGAGGACUCUGUCCGGGAUCGUCGCAAAGCCAGUCGCGCUUCGUGGCCGGAUGCGGGACCCCCGUCUCCGACAUCUAUCCGUCGCGGCUUCACCUUCUCCGCUCAAUCCGACUCCUCCUACGGCUUGCAGUUGCUCUCAGGGGUAUCUGCAGACAUUCAAGUCUCCGAGAUCCCAAACCUGAUCAUACCGAUUGCAGUCUUGCGCCACUCGUCCACCGAACCAACCAGCGAUCCUACAUCACAACCGUCGGCCACUCCCCUUUCCGAUCCGCAGCAGAUUUCCAAAUGCUUAGAUGCAGGCGCUGUUGACGUUCUCUCAACACCACUUGACAGGUCAAGAGUGCAAGGCUUGAUAGUCCAUGCCUAUCGGGUGCGCAAGUCGGCGCGCAGGGAACAAUCUCGCUUCCUCGCCAGGAAGAAGUCGCGCAAACAAUCAUGGGUGGGCGUUCAUGAUGAGCAGCCGUAUGCCUACCUGAGAGAGGCAAUGGUAUCCAAACUCAUGAAGGGUAUUUGCAACCCCGAGGAAGUCAUUGAAGAGUUCCAGGACAGGGACCUGGACGUGAGUCCAGAGCGGCAGAAAGUUGUGAGAAAGCUCAUCGGGAACUGGAACUUCACUGCUCAUGAGUUCUCCGAAGACGAACUCGUGUUUGGGGCCUGCGAGAUGCUUCAGCAUGCUUUCACUCUACCCAACUUAGAUCAGUGGCGAUUAACACCAUGUGAACUUCGAACUUUUCUGCUCGCUUGCCGCGCAUCGUACAAUUCAUUUGUCCUCUACCAUAAUUUCCGACAUGCCAUUGAUGUGCUGCAGUCAGUGUUUUGCUUCCUGGUGCAUAUUGGUGCAUUGCCCCCAUAUGGCUCUGUCGGCACCAGUCCUGAUUCGCCGUCCUCCAUCGCAUCUCUCUUGACACCGUUUGACACUUUGACCCUACUUAUUUCCGCAAUCGGUCACGACGUCGGUCAUCCCGGAGUCAACAACUUCUUCUUGGUCAAGCUCAAUGCUCCGUUGGCGCAGCUAUACAAUGAUAAUUCGGUCCUGGAGGCUUUCCACUGCGCUGCAUUCUCACAGAUCCUGCGACGCCACUGGCCUGCCGCUUUCAAGGAUAGACAACUUCGGAAACUGCUCAUCAGUUCGAUCCUGGCGACCGACAUGGGCGUACAUCAGAAGUUUAUGGAACGGCUGGGCUCUCUGCAGGAGAAGUUCUACGCGAAUGGCAAGUCUGUCGAUGGCUGGAAGCCGCAGGAUAUUGAAAUCUACAAAACACUUGUGUGUGGCCUUUUGAUCAAGUGUGCCGACAUCAGCAAUGUGGCACGGCCGUGGGAUAUCGCCGAAAAAUGGACCAAGAUUUUACAGGAAGAAUUUGCCAAUCAGGGAGAGAUGGAGCGCGAGGUAGGCAUGGAAACUGCGUUGUUUGGUGGUCCACCGGAGCUAGGAAACGUCUACAAGCUCGCCACCGGUCAGAUCGGGUUCAUGUCUAUCUUCGCUCUCCCUCUCUUCGAGGGCGUUUCGGACCUUCUGCCUGAGCUGCGAUUCACGGUCGAGCACAUCCGGACCAACCAGACUCGCUGGCACUUUCUGGCCGAUAUGGAGAAAAGGAAGCAGUCACUGCUAGACCCGCGUUUCGAGGGCGGCCUUUCCCCUCGCUCGCAGAGCCCUGCCGCGAGUUUCAAAGGUCUGCGUGCACCGUUGAAUGAGAGCUCUGCCAGGUCGGCGCUUGACCCUGACGACCCUGCGACGCAGCGACGCGAAGCAACCGGCGACUACUUUGGGACGAUUGAAUCAUCAUCUCCGAGUGAUUACAAUGAGAACACCAUCAGUCCUGUCGUGUCGCCAGACACCCCAGGCCCAUCGAUGGAUAUCACUGGCAGUCCGAUACCGUUCGUGCCUUCUCGAAAAUCCUCCAGUGCUGUCCCUGACCUCGCUAUGCUCUCGGUAUCCGGCGCGUCUCCUGAGGCGAAUAGACCCGAGCAUGCUGGAGAUUUCGAAGGGCAGACCGGCCAAAAUUCCAGACGCUCUUCGAGGGACGCUGUUCUCGCUGCCGUCAUCUUUGCCGACACGUCCGAGGACCCGAAUCGCUCCAACUCCCAUCAUACAAGUGGUGAAUCCACUGAAAGAGAAGCAGAGCGACCGAGCAGUUCUCGGCAGGGACCGCAGGGGCACCGUCGCCAUCACGCCAACACCAACUCCACCGGACGCGGCUCAGGUGCACCGAACUCGCAGCGUAACAGUUGUACGCGCACCCACAGCUUGAGCACAUAUAGCAAUACCAUGACGCCCAUUUCUCCGGCCACCAAUGCCACCAGUUUCGUCACUGUCGAUAGCAGGGACGAGAAGGAGCAUUCCCGGGAACAAAUCAGAGACGAGCAUGACGAGUCUGACGGUGCACGGCCGGGUUCAUCGAAACAGUACUCCGUCGGCGAAGGGCGUUCCGAGGGUGACACCCAUUUCAGCGAUACCAACACCUCUCAUUCACACAUGGAUGAUGGAAGAAAGAGUCCCAUCACCACUUCCGUAGUGGGGAACGGGUCCAACAGCCCCGCGCAUUCUACAACAACCACACCGAGCGUCAAGAAUGAGGCGCAUCCCGCUUGGGAUGACCCAACUGCCGGUGAGCAGCCUCCACGCAGGUUGCCGAAACGGCGGAGUCGUCUGCGCUUGGCGUUCUGGAAGCGCAAACCGCAUCAUUCGCAUCACCAUGAGCUGAGCGGGGAGACUUGA